AUGAAUAUCUUCCUCAACCUUCAUCGCUGCUGUCUGGACAGCCAGGAGCCCGGCGAAUUACUGUAUUCGGCUAAUGAUUACAGUCAAGAAAUCACAUUUGACGAAUCUAUCGAAUUAGAACCAGGAUCCUAUUUUGUAAUUGCUCAUUUCAUAAAUAUGAAUAAUCUGGAUUUGGAUUGGGUUUUUAGAAGCUCAAAAUCGGUGGAGAGUUUUUCACUGAGCUUCCAUAUUUGCCCUUUUCCGAUAGCUUUGAAAAGUCUUCAAUCGAUAUUUUUGAUCUAUGGAAAAGUAGAUCACAGAGUUGAGGACCAAGUCAGUGUGUACACUUGGCAUGGAGAGAAGAACAUCUUUGUGAUGGUGGACAAUUUGAAAUCCGACUGGAACAACUCCACGUCAUCUAGUCAACAACAAAAAGAGUGCACAAUCUGUGGAGCACCAUCAAACGGCUAUCAUUUCAAUGCGGCGUCGUGCUCAGCGUGCGCCGCAUUCUUCCGACGUACUGUAACCCUGAAUCGGAAUUUCGUGUGUAGCCAUCAGAAUCUUUGUCGAGUUAAUUAUGCAAUGCGAGUGAUCUGUCGAGCGUGUCGCUACCAAAAAUGCUUAAGUAUGGGCAUGGAAAGGUCGGCAGUCCAACCCAGAAGAGAUUGCAACGCUGGUCGUCGGAAAAUCAUGUAUAACAACAACAUGAAGGCGCUAAGCCCACCGCCACCACAAACUACAGUAAUCCAAGGAUCUACAGUAAUCUUCAAGGACGAGCAAAUCUAUGAAGAAUCGUCUCCAGAAGUGCACUACGCUCAAUCCUAUUCAUCAUCGAUAAGCGAGGAGAUCACACUGUCUCCAAAAAUUUCUGUUGAUAUGUCUUUACAAUUCGAAGCUGAACAAGUGCUGGAAGACCUUCUUCGAGAGGAACGGCUGUUCAACGAGCGCCGCAAACUGUUGUACUGCUCGAAUAAUAGUAUUUCGAAUUUGAUAACAAAUGAGAAUUCAAAUGAGAUUCCUUACUCUCUUUCGGAUCUUCAGCCUCUCACAUUUGCGGGAAUUCAGAAGCACAUUCGACCGCAAAUUCUGGUGAUUUAUGAAUGGCUUCGCGGAUGGCGUCAUUUUGAGCUAUUGAAUACAAGAGAUCGUAUGAUUUUUUUGCGACGAUGCGUUCUUUAUCACACGAUUUUGGACCCAUCCUACUUGUCAUAUCGACUGGGUCUUCCAGAGAAAUUCGUCAUGUUCAAUGGUAUGUACGUUGGUGCCCAGGCUGGAAAUAAGACUGGAUGGGAAGAUGAAAAUGAUUGUAUUAGUUCGGAUUUGAAGAUCAAACUGUACCGCCCGCUGAUGGAACGAUUGGUGAAUGAAGUGUGUGUGUCGAUGAAGGCGAUAAAUUUGAGUUUUACGGAAUUCGUACUUUUGAAAGCUCUGGUUUCUUUCAAAUCGUCAACAUGUUGCGACGUCUCGGAACCCCUGAAGAAGUUCAUGAACUCAUAUAUGGAUUCGAUUUUGAGAGCACUGAACAUUCAUUAUCAAAGUCUUGGAAUGUCGAAAGACGAGAUUGCUCAGCGCAUUGGAAACGUCAUUUUGAUGAUGAGCAGCAUUUUUGCCGUUGGAAUGGAAUGUUUGGAAUCUCAUCAAAAAAUCCAAUUUUUCGAUUUAUGGCAAUUGGAUGAUCUACUGAUUAAAUUGAUUCAGCGAGGCGGUGGAGCGGCGAAUUAUUGA